AUGUCCAGAGAUGAGACCGUUUGCAAAUACUGUGGUGUCAGCUACUUAAUUCUUCAUGAGUUUAAGAAAUUGGAAGAGAAGGUAAAGCAGAUGGAGGAAGAAUUGGAACUGUACAGAGGGAGUACAGAGCGAGAGAAACGACUGCAGGAUGAAUUAGUCUCUUUGAAUAAAUACCUGGAACAGUGUAAGGUUGAUAGUGACGUAAAGGCAGAAAGAAUAAAAACUAUAAGCAUGCAGCUGGCAAACAAAGAAGAGGAAGUGCAGAAAUGGAGUGAGGAGCUGUGCUCCAUGCAAAGCCAAUUAAAGCAUUCUGAUAGCCUGUCAGAGCAAUUCAGGGUAAGAUGUGCACAAUACCAACAAAUUGUGAAACAAACCAUCUUUACCAUCCAGUUUACCAAGAAACAAACAGCUACAAUGAAGAGAGAAGUGUCUAGUGUUUCUGACAUAUGGACUACAUCAUGCCAGUGGUUGCUUUCUCAGAUUCAAGCAGCAAACACAGUUUCUCAGUCAGAAAUAGCAGCAUUAAGUGAAGCAUUUAAAAAAUCUCAGAAGGACAUAAUGGACCUUCAGCAUCAAGCAGAAGAUCAGCAACUACUGCUGAAGAGAGCUGAGCUAACUAAUCAGCAACUGCAAGCCUCAUAUCAAAGAGAAACUGAAUUGCAGAACAAAUGCUAUGAACUACAAAAGCUAGUAGAAGACUUACAAAAUCAGCUUGAUUUAACUCAACAAAACAUGGAAAAAACAAUGUCUGAGAUGAGAUACUGCAAGAAUAUUAUUCAGUAA